AUGGUUUUCUGGCGUGCAGCAUACAACCACCAUGCCACGAACGCGUCGCAGGCAUCAGACACCCGUCACACGUGGAAACAGGCAUUCAUGGAGGAUGAAGCGUCUCUCACUUAUUUUGGAAGAAGGCGAGAGCAAGUAUUGCAGAGAGGCUACGCAAUCUUGGAGGGGUUUCUUGCAGAUGAAAGUGUUCCUGCUGAUCUACUAAAGAAAUUUCCGAUCGAAGUCUGCAACUUCUUUUUGCCUCUCCACAAGGCAGUACAUAACUCUUUCCAAAAGUUCAGCAAUAACGUUGGCAACAAGCAAGAUUGGACCUCCACUGUCCAUGGAGCGUCUAAGAUCGAUAGCUCUGGUGGGCAGCAUGGAAUCGUUCAAUAUCAAAGUACUCUACACAACGUCACCACCGCGAUUGAAGAGGACGCCAGCGUAGUUUGGAUGUGUGCUUCCAGGUCACUCCUGGAUGCUCGGAUUUCUCAGUGUAUGGCCGCCCUAUGUCUCUGGACCAACACCAAGAGAAUUGGAUAUGAAGACAUCGACUUCCGACCGCGUAUGUACACGCCGAAAACCGGUGGUCGUUGGUUUGUGACGUCUAGAGGAUGUCUUCGCCAGCAGCUGCACACAGAUUUCGAAGUGCAGUGCAGACUAGAUGACGAAGAAGCACUACUGCUUGACGAGGAAAAAGAAAACCCGGGCUUUUUCACUCUCACGACAGCGGCUGAUGCUGGGGUGCUAUGGGUGUGCCCGUUUUCCCACUAUUUGGUGCCUACCGCAGAAGAAAAGUCCCUCCAAGCUCUUUCGACGAGCCUGAAAGCGGUAAAGGUGAUAAUCCCUCCGUUUUCGAUCUUCGUCGGGAGGGGGGACAUGCUUCACGCUGAGGGUGCAUUCGAAGACCACGUCACGGGUAAUCACAAACUACACUACAGUCUUUACUUUGUCCCAGAAAACCGCAAGCUGACAAAACUUGGGUACUGCCAACACAAGUUUAAUCCAGAGUUCAAGAUGUACAAGGAGAGCAAGUAUGAGGACGAGGAGACGAAAGAGGGACCGUGA